UUCAGUUGGUUCUAUUAUUAGUUAGAGACAUAUAUGGAGCCUAAUAACUACAAUUCUUCUUCUAAUGUUGUUGUCACUGAUGAUGUGAAGAAGCCAUUAUUAGAAGAGAAAAAGAUGGGUACAAUAAUAAGAUACAAAGAAUGUCUCAAGAACCAUGCAGCUUCACUUGGUGGCAAUGCAACUGAUGGAUGCGGCGAGUUCAUGCCCUGUGGUCAACAAGGUACCAUUGAAGCUCUCAUCUGUUCUGCAUGCAAUUGCCAUAGAAACUUUCACAGGAAAGAGAUUCAAUCUGAAGCUCAUCAUCAUAAAUAUCAAGUGGUGAAGCAUAUUUUUGCACACUCAUCAAUGAGUCUUUCUGAUCAAUCUUAUGAUCAUGAUCAUAACGACAAUAAGGAUUAUUGUGAAAAAGGGGUGGUGAAGAUGAAGAAGAGGUUCAGGACAAAGUUCACACAAGAACAGAAGGCCAAGAUGCUCGAUUUCGCAGAGAAGGCAGGAUGGAAGAUACAGAAGCUAGAUGAAUCUAUGGUGAACAAGUUUUGCCAAGACCUUGGGAUCAAGAGAAGGGUACUCAAGGUUUGGAUGCACAAUAACAAGAACUCUUUUGCUGCGAAGAAUAAACAGAAUCUUUCUACAACCACCUAGAUGAUAAUAAUGAGUCCAAUUUCUUGGAGUCAUGGUUGAAUUUUCUCGGUGCGAUUUAAGAUUACGGAUUUAAAAUAUAAAAAUAAUCACUGAUAUAAUUAUCAGAUUAUAUUGUAUAUCUCACAUACAC